GUGGUUUGAUAAGGCAGCCUGAUCUGAUUGAAGCCCGAGCUCUCUGUUGUGUCUGUUUGGAGUCUAAGAGCACAGCUGUAUUUCCUCCAGCUUCCGUGUUUAUGAUCAGAGCUUCCUGGUACCACUCUGAGCUGAUAUACCCACAAUGCAUCUGAAACGUGACCAACAAGUCCCCUUGGGUUAACUCAAGCAGUAUGUGCAGCAUGGAGCCAACAGGGCUCCUAGUAGUCCAGGGCCCAAAGCAAUUGCCUACCUCAGCCUAAUGCUGGCUGCUCUCCUACAGUCUCUGAGGGUGAGCUGUACCGCAGCAUCCAGGCUACGCUGCCCAGGGAAACAGACAUACAACAGUCUCUAGACUGUUUCAACAAAGGCAUGCUGAGAUGGACGCUUCAUAAGAAAGUCCAAAACAAUCCUGCUAACAGCUUAUCCCUGCUGUGGGUGCUGAUUAAAGAGCUGGAGAAGGCUGAAAGAUGGGACUCUCGUGAAUGCAUCAUCCCUCUGCUCCACACAUUGAUGUAUGCCAUCAUUCAGACUGCCUACAUUCCUGAUGUGCUGUACAAACGCGUUUAUGAAUUUUGCAAGAGACUACUGACCUACCCCAUUCCUUACAGCACUAUAGGCCUCAGCUACACGAGAAAGAUCAGAACUGAGCAGGUUGUUCCAGGUUUGUUGUAUCAGAGGAUGGUCACAGCAGAGCAGAGACUAAAAAGUGAACACUAUCCCCAUCAGGAAAGGGUCUUCCUUCUGGCUGACCCAGAAGUCUUCUGUGGCUCUAUGGGACAGGUCUUGAUGGGUGAUGUUGAGGCGUCUGGUACAGCCACCAGUGGAUUUCUAAGUCCUCUUGAUCACAUGCGCUGUGUUGUCCAACACUCCAUCCAGGCUGCUUUAGGAGCAGACCAGUGCGAUGGACAGAAGCUGGCUCAAGCCUUGAAGGACAUGGGCCAAGAUGUUGACUCGUACUUUCAGGAAGUGUUGGCGACUUUAGAGCAGAGUGCCGAGGAGGGCGUCAAAAGGGAGGGGGGAGCACUGAAGAAGCGUCUUCUGCAGCUGUACAGUGAGAUCGUCUCAGAUGCAGAAGCAGAGCCAUUGUCUGUUGGAGGACCACUGUGUGACUGCCCUCUUCCUAACCCUGAGAUGAGUUUCCACCUGUGGACAGAGGAUCUGGAUAUCUGGCGAGAGCUGGCCAAGUGGUUCCGAUCCAGCUCAGUGUCAGAGCAAUUCUCCUUUAGUCAGGACGACCUUGAGCUGGGCGAAUCUCCCUGCGAUCUGACACCUGCAGACAUGGCAAGGUUCUCUGUUAUGUCUAAUGACAGUGGCAUCGAAAGAGAUCUGCCGACUGGCACUGACUCAACCCCAACAUCUCUGGACUCUGCCAGCCUGAGUUCAUCAUGGGAACAGUGCAAAAGUGAGCCAGAUACAUCGAAACUGUCACGACGUGGAGGCAUCAAGAUGAAACCAUCGAUGAAGGACAACAUGCUGCUGAUGCAGGAGACUCUGGAGGAUCACGCCAGCUUGAUUGGAGGAGGAAGGAGGGGAGGACGGAGAGGGACAACGCUGCAGAGAAGGUCAGGAAGCUGUGUGCUGCAGAAUUCCUUCAACAAGCAGCAGAGACACUUUACUGCCAGGAUAGUUGCCAUGGGAGACGACAGGGUGCUUGGACGCCUUGCAAAGGCUUACUACUUCUUCAGGAAAAGGGAAGCACGGAGGCUUUUUCUUACGAUGAAAUUCAACCUCCAGUUUUACUACAUCCCUGUUUGUCAACCUACAGCUCCCAUCUUCCCCAGCAAGAAAUACCUCCCAGAUUCCAAGGAAAAUCUCUGCACCCUGGGCUCCUACUUGAGCCUGGUGGACCCCUGGUACAACUGUAACAUCAGGAGUUUAGGCUCCAUGAUCCCCAAACUGGCAGAGAUGCAAAAUGCAAACCCAGGGAGGCCAAAAGACCCCUUUGUGUCUGAUGUCAUAUCCUACUAUGUCCGUACUGGCCAGCAGCCUGUCUACUUCACCAUCUAUGCAGUAAAGAUCAUAUUCACCAGCAUUACAAAGGAUCCUGUGGAGGAUGUGUUUCUCACCCAUCUGGAGAUUGACUUCCCCGAGUUCAGACACAUCCUGGCAUCAAUGAAAGAAAAACAGAGGAGGAGUUCUGGGGAGGUUUGCGGAGCUGUGGUCUCGAUCAAUUACAGGAGAGUAAUAUUGAGUGGCCGAGACAUUGACAAAGGACUCUCAGUCAGGACGUCAGGUGCUCAGAUCAAUGCUAUUCCCUCCAAUGAAGCAGAAGAUAUGAACUGUUUGACACUGACACUGAAUGAAUUCCCGACAAAAUCUAAAAACAGUGUGCGAACUAUUCGGACCAACAACGUUAAGAUUCGCUCUUUGGAGAGUCGAUCCUUCACGCUUACAUUGGACAAAGAUUGUCGCAGGUCCUACAAAGACGUCCAGAGUAUUGAGAUCACCCCAUGCCUCGAUCCUGGAUACUGCGUUCAGAAAAUCAUGAGGUCCAAAUUAAAUCUGGGAGAGGACAAAGAUGCCGGACUGAGUAAAUAUAUGAACAAAGGACUCCCUCUUCCAAUCAACACAUUUGCUGGCAUCAUCACAUGACAAGAUGGAAACAACACAACAAAGGAGACCGUCAAGCGGUGUGUUAAAUGGCAGAAAUGUUUGUUGCUUCUGUAACUUCAGAAUAUCAGUUUUACAAAUGAAACCAUGAAAGGAAUCUCCUGUGAGUCACAAUGCGCUGCUCCUGAAACCUACUCACCCCAGGAACAAGAACAAAAUAUCUUCAUACACCAGGGAUGAUUUAACUUCUGAAAGUGUUUUGUGAUGGAUUGCCUUGACUUAAAGACACUUGGUUAACACAUGCAGGUUGUGGUGAUGCCAAAGAACAAAACUGACACUGGAGGGAUGGUCAGGGGAAAAAAUAAAGAUGCAUAUACAUUUGUAGAUCUGCAGAUUUAAAUGGAUCCACUGAUUUCAUGACUUUAUCCUUGUAAAUCUGGAAAUCUAAGGUGAAGGGAAUUUACUUUCUGGAGACACACUACAUUUUCACUGCCCUCUGGGCACACACACACACUCAAACACACACAUAAAUAAAUAAUGCAUACAGACUCGUCUGGCCUCCGUUAUAAUUAGAUAUUCAUCUAGCUUGUCUUACCUGUGCCUGUCUCAUUGUGCAGACUGUUAUGAAAUUGCUGGAUUUAAGCUUUCGUUUAGUGUUGGAAAACUCUCUGGAAAGUUACAAGAACAACACUCAAGAGCAGGAGCCCCAUGAACUGUAAAGAAUAACAGCACAGGCUCAACUUAUUACUUUACUGUAUCAAACAACAGUUUACCUUAUGUACAGGCAAAGCUUCAUGAAGCUACAGGGACUUUAGUCAACUAAACCCACAAGUCUCGCUAUGAGGCAAACAAGGGGACUGUCAAAAGCGAAACUUGCACACCUUUCCAGUAAAUGUCUCACUUGUGCCCACAAAAUCACCUCAGCAUGAAACUAAAGACUGCUCUGCAUUUAUAAGAAAUAGACCAUUUCCUUUUGGGAGUGGAGCGAAGCAUGAACCAUUACAUGGGGAAUUCUGUUACUGCUUAACAUAUAAAUACAUACACAAAUAAAGAACAUCUUAAUGUACAAAGUGUCGUUCAAGAUAUGAUAAAAAUAUGUGGUUAAGUAAGUAGUCUAAUCUCAGACAGUGUUGUGUCCUCUCACCUGGCAGGGUGAAAUCAUGAGUUACACACUCUUGAUGAGUUUUGCACAUUAUUUCUAAUGUUAUGUGAUGUAAAGGGGAUACCAGUGAAAUAUAAAUGUAA